CAACAUAGCUAGCUAGAUGGCUGGGUUUGUUGUCGUCUGGGUCUGGUGUUGAGCCUAAUAUCUGCUGUGUAAUUUGUAUUUUCUUUGCCAGCGCUAUCAAAAUGGGAGUAAUACACAAAGGUUUUCGAAUCUGAUCUAUCUAUGGUGACGUUAUAUUGUAAAUCGUGUUGGUCCCAGCUUUUCCAGUAACGUUAUGGGGAGAAGAAAAAUGGUGGAGGAAGUAUCUGCAUCACUCGUCAGAGAAUAUCUCAGCCGAAAAGGACUGAAAAAGACUAUUGCUUGUAUGGACGAGGAAUUCCCUCGGUCAAGUUCCAGCAUAAACAGUAGAGAAGAUCUGCGCCGUCUUCUCUAUCUCGAUAAUCUUUACAAGAAGAAUAAGUUACAGGAGUUUCCAUUUAAAACACUUUUGGAACUCAUCGUGUGGUACCGAACUGAAGAGAGCGGAGGCACCAAGAGAAAGCAGCAAAGUAUUGACUCUCAGCCACCUAGAGCUGAGAGGAACCUGACAAAUCCUGUGGAGGCCAGUGGAACAGAUGACAGCAUAGCAGGCUUUAUUCAGCAGAAAUCAAAUGUGUCAAGGUUGUCUAAAAGUGAAACUAUCAGUUCACCUCCCAGAGGACUGACAUCUUACUCAAAGGGUGCAAAAUCUCCAGUCAACACUAAUUCCAGUCUCACUGAGAGUGCACCAGACAGACUGUCUUUGUCUAGCUCUUCAGAAACUUCUAGCUCCCCCGUUGGGAUGGACAAGUCUACAGAAAAGCGGAGCUUGGUCAAUGAGAACCUUAGGAGCAGAAGCACACGGAUUCAGAGGGGUAUGAUGGCAGGGCCAGUAGCCAACUCCACUAUGGAUGGUAGUAAAAAACGUUUAACACGCAAGUCGGGAGUUCUCUCUCCUCUCUCGGCGAAGGACGGAGAAAUGAAGGAGGACAACACCUGGUUAAGCAGUGUGACUCAUAGUGCCACAUCUACCAGCGAGUUUCCAGAGAAGGGUAUCCCAGCACCUCCUGCCUACUGGGAAAGAGUCGAGGACAUGCCGUCCGAGAGCCAUCCGCCAACAAGGGCCUGCGGUGAAUUUGAGAAAGUCCACUGGGACAAGCCUCAGUCUGACAUACCCAGACGGGAAGUGAGUUCAGUGGCUACUGAAGUUCAUAUGUCAACAAUGACGCUUGAUGAUAUAGAUGAUAAUGAAGAGGAGCAGUGUGGUCUCGCUAGACCGACUCUCAAUCAUCGUCUGCCUCAACACACUUUUGACUCGCAUCCAGUAGAUCUUCCCACUGCCACUGCCUUGAAAGAGCUCCUCCUUGGUUCCCCUGUCAGCUACUUUGGCGAAGAAUGGAAAUGUCAGAGUUUCGGUUUUUCGGAUAAGCCCAGUUUAAGAUAUGGGAUUGUACAGAAAAAGGGAGGUCCUUGUGGAGUGCUGGCCUCUGUACAAGCUUGCGUUCUGCAGAAACUUCUGUUUGAGGACACAGAAUGUGACUCACCAUUUGGGCAGUUGCAGCCAUCACAAUCAAAAAGGACUCGCUGCCUUGCAUUGGCUAUCGCUGACAUCCUCUGGAGAGCUGGAGACAGAAGGAAAGCUAUUGUGGCGAUAAACUCAAAAAGAAGUCAUUUCACUCCAGUGAGACACUACAAAUCAGAUGGGGUUCUGGAGAUGAUUACCUGCAAUACAUUUAUCAGUUUGGAAGAGCUCAGAUCAUUUGUGGAGCAGCAUAUAUUCCAGUUUGAGUGGGGUCCCUUUGGGUGUGUUCUACUCACUGUCUCUGCCAUCCUCUCCAGAUCGAUUGAAGGACUGCGCAGUGACAUGGAUGUGCCCACAACCACUCUGAUAGGAGCCCAUGGCUACUGCACACAGGAGCUGGUUAAUCUCCUGCUGUGUGGCAGGGCUGUCUCAAACGUCUUCAAUGGUGAGAUGACGCUGGAGUCGGGGAAUGGCAUGUUCACCUUGCUGAAGGGAGUCUCCGCCCGCAGUGAUAUCGGAUUGCUCUCCUUGUUUGAACAUUACAAUAUCUGUAAGGUUGGGGAUUACCUGAAGUAUCCCAGACAUCCAAUCUGGGUUGUAUGCAGCGAGAGCCAUUUCAGUGUGCUCUUCGCCUUGAACAAGAACCUGACCUCUGACCUGGUGGAGAGGAUGACCUUUGACCUCUACUACUAUGAUGGCCUGGCCAACCAGCAAGAGCAAAUAUGCUUGACCGUCUCAACAGGCACUUCAAAGAUGACCGCCGGUGGUGACUGCGUGGACAGCGAUCUCGUUCCUCCUCUGGAGCACUGCAUAAGGACCAGAUGGAAGAAUGCAGCGGUCGACUGGAAUGAUACAGAGCCUAUACUUUGAUGUGAUAUUGGAACACAUUCAAACAGACAAUUUAACAUGGUCCCUUCCACGCGUUCCACAGCUCAUCCACAUGAUGCAUAACUCACAGUACUUACUGUACACACUGUAUGACUAACUGCAUGUGUGAUGAACAUCUUACGGUAACUUGUAAUUUCUAUGAAUUGGAGCAAAUCCUUAGAGAGCUAUCUUUCGGUAAGUCAUUCUUUCUAUAUAUAUUUAAAUAUAUACAGAGACCAUAUUUAUAAACUUAUCCUUCUCCUCUCUCAGAUGUCCUUUUCCUAACAUGAUUUCACCAGAUCACCUUAACAUUAACAUUACAAUGUGCAGGAAAACUAAGCCUUUUAUGUAUGUGACUAAUCCCUAAAGGAACAUAGCGUGUAUUUUUUUUUUUUUUUGAAUAGCAAUUCUGUAUUUGUCUGGUCAGUUAUACCUCUUUAAUGGAUUUCUCCAUUGUCUUAUGACAUUGUUAACAUUCAUUAUGCUUCGGUAAUGUUUGUCCUUGAUGUGCCUAUACAUGAGUGUACUGUAUGUAUGACAUUAUUUAUUGGAGUACCAUAAGCCUUUCAAAGGAAUUGUUUUCAAAACGGUAAACAUAAACAAGGUCUAUUGUGGUCUAUUGAGGUUCUGUACAUUAUCAGGGUUGUUGGACGGAUGAUUCUGGUGAAUGAAUCCAUUCACCAUUCUGAUGGUGAAAUUACUGACCUUUAGGGAU